AUGGCGCCCAUCACUACCGCUUCCAAUGAUGAGACGCACGCUGCCUUGUUGGAUACGCUCGACUUGUAUCAACACCCCAAACCUUUUCGCAACCCAGCAUGGAAGAUCCCACAACGACGCAACAAGAAUCUCAAGCAGAUCUUAUCCGAAGCACAACGAGCCCAGCAGAGCCUGUUGAAUACCCAACAGAACUCUGGUGUCAAUACUCCUCACACUUCAGCUGACGGCAAUACAACCAGCUCAGCUAACCCGAAUCUGGAGAAAGCGAACCAAGACUUAGGACGGCUGGUGCUGGAGAAGAACGCGAAACAGAAAGGCAAUGCUGCGCUCGCUCCGACCAGUCUUACCAUGGGGUUGGGACCGAGUGUUACAUACACGAGUAUCGCAGCUGCACCAAGUCUGAAGCCGAAGAGGAAGUACUGUGACAUUACUGGUCUUCCCGCUAAAUACAAAGAUCCGAAAUCAGGGCUGCAAUACUACAAUGCAGAGGUCUAUGCCGUGGUCAAGAGCUUGGGAACCGGACAAGUUCAAGAAUACCUGGCGGCUCGUGGCGCAAAUACUGUUCUCAAGUGA